AUGUCGUUCACGCCAGUGGUUGAGCACUGGAUCAGCUCCCGUUGGAGCCGCAUCCGCCCCUGUGCCGGAGGUGUCGUUGGAGGGGAAACGGAGCUGACGGGGAAGGUUGAGACGCACAUGGCGGAGAAGCCGCGUCGUCACACGCCGUCCAUCGAGGCCCAGCGCGAGAGGACGACGCCCGGAGCAGCGGCGCCACCAGGACACGCCACCGCGCGCCGCGCCCUGGAACAGCCACAAAGGCGGCUGCCCAGCUGCUGCCGCGGCAGGCCACCACGCACGAGAGGCCUCCACCGCACCGGCUCCCUGAGCACGGAUCCAGGUAGGCAGGACCCGGAUCCGGCCAUGGAGGGCGUGGAUCUGCCCAUUCCGGCCACACCGGCCGCCGACCACCAUGGAGAGAGCAAGCUCGGAAGGAGGAAAGGGGAAGAGAGUGGAGGGAGCAGGGGAUUGCAGACAGCAGCCUUGUUGGGCGCCGCCGCGGGCCGCCGCCGCCGCUCUCCAGUGAGCAGCGACGGCGGCCGAGGGCUUGCUCCGUCGAGGGAGUUUUCCGGCCACCGGUGGUGUAUCGCCCCCGACUCGCCUGUGCGACGACGCGGGGGCUGGGAGAAGAUCCCUCGCCUCACCACGAUGACAAAAAACUCUCUUCAACAAUUUACUAAAUAUGUUUUCCAAAAAUCUGGAGUUGUCAUCGACUUGAUCCGCGCGCUUACUUCUACACGCGCGUACUCCGUCGCGCAUCUGCCCCCCGCGCCGUCUCUCUUCGUUCCCGCGAGUUGCGUGAAACUUCCCCGUGUUAUCCCCUCCCACCGUCGUUCAUCAGUCCUUCCUGCGGAGGCGGCCAAGCGCUCGUCGGCGCUGGUCUCGGAGACGGCGAAGAAAUCCAAGGAGAUCUUCUCCGAGACCGCCUCCAAGUCGCGGGAGAUCGCCGCCGAAGCCACCAAGCAGGCCGACCUCCUCGCCGGCCAGAUCAAGCACCUCGCCUCCGACCUCCCCGUGCCCUCGAUCCGGCCCGUCCCCGCGGUCCCGCCUAUCACCGCCGCCGCCUCGUCGGAGCCCGACGCCGCCGAGCUUGAGCGCUACGGCAUCACCGACGACCUCUGCGAGUUCGUCAAGGGCAUGACCAUAAGCACCUUCCGCGACUUCCCACUGCAAGAUGAGCCGGAGAUGUCUGAUGUGCCAACGGUAUCGAAUGUGCGUCAGGAUCUGAACAGGCAUGCCACACUUGUCCUCUUGACAGUCAAGGUUUUCUCAUCAUCAAAUAUCUCCAUUCACUAAACAUCGUUUUGAUGCAUUUGUUUGUGUCAUUGCGGAUUAGUCUGUGCUCCAGUUGAUAGAUUGGUGAGUGGUGAUGAAUCUAAGUAUGAAAGGCCAUACAGUACAGAUUUACUCAUUUGCAAGUAUGAUUAAGUAUGUACGCAUUUACUACUGUGAUGGCAAAGUUGUAGAAGGCUGAGUUUAUAGUGAGUACACAAACUUCAAUCGACUAUCUACUUCUGAGUUUGAUGCAUCAAGAGACAUAGAAAACUUCAAGCUGCUGUCAAGCUGAUGACAAUGUCCUGCUAACCUUCGUGGAGACGGCCAGGCGUCACGUACGGAGCUGCUGCUGACGAAAUCGCUGGGAGUUCCUGCGACCGGUGGCCAGCGUCUCGCAUGGAGCCGCGGCAGCGUUGAGACGUCGGGAGAACGCGGCGGCUUCACGCACAGGACACGGGGAUAGAUGGAUCAUUGGUAGUUGGGGUGUGGGCCUUCUUUUUUUUUAAAAAAAAAUUGGCAAGUCCAAAUGACAAACUAUUGGAGAUGGUUAUUUUUUUCACUUGCCAAAUCUUUAACCAAGUUGCCAAAACUCAAAAUAUGGCAAACAAAUUUUAGCAAACUAUUAGAGAUGCUUAACUGGUGGAAAGAUCAUGUUUCAAAAUUCAUGUUAUAUUACAAAGUUAGAUAUCAAAAUUCAUAUUUCAAUUGUUUGCUAAAUUUUAUAUUGUUCACUUUUGUUUAUGUGUACACAUUUUCCUCAACUUUUAGCAAGUUUGGUAAUUGAUGGAAUUUGUAUAUGUACACACUAUGCUAUUUUACAUAGUUACUUUUUUUUGAACAAAUUUGUGAUUUGCUAAGUAUAACCGUGAAGGUUGUGUUGGCUGUUGUAAAGAAUUAUAUUUGAAACGUGACCCUCUCAGAAACUCCGGACUUUGUACAAACUACAAUUUGUACUUCUAUAUUAAGGCAAAGUGAAUGCUUUCAUUAUGACAUGUCAAAUAUUUCAUAUGAUGAGAACAAUGCUUAGAGUUAAUUUGUUUUUGCCCGUAGCAAUGCAUCUUAGCCAUAUAUAAAAAGAGACAUUAGAGGAAAACUGAAAGAUUUUAUGAUAAUAACACUGAUUUAUAAAACUAUUUGACUAAUAAUCCAACAGUGAAUAACACAAGUACUGCAUGAAACAAACAGAAAGUAUAGUUUGCUAAAUUAAAAAAAAAUCGCCAGUAGUACAGUACGACAAAUAGAUGACUAAGCUAUAACAGCUACUAGAAUGACACCAAAGUAAAACAAAGCAGGAUCAUACACCGAUUUGCAAUGGCAAACACAAGCUUGAUGGCAUGGCAAAUUGGGGUUGAUUAAAAGUCACUUGGCUUCGCUCGCACCACAGAAUUCGAAGCAUUGGCGGCUCAUCUACGUGCUAACACGCGUCGCUGCAUCUUUUACAAAAAGGUCCUCUACCUUUUAGAAAAUCAACCUGCGGUCUAUGCUAAACCUUGCAAUUUUGCAGAAACCCCCGCUCCCACCUUGCACUGCAGCCUGCCCCCAACCUCCCGAUCCCUCUCUCCUUUCUCUCCUCUCCUCGCUCCCACAUCGGCGUUUGGGUGGCGCCCCAAACCCUAGCCGCCACAACAUCUUCCCUAAGCUCCCAUCCGCCUCGCCGUGUUCCCGCACCAGCGUCUUGGGCGGCACCCAAAACCCUACCCGCCGCCGCUGCUGCCGCCGCCGCCUCUUUCCUCCUCACCACUCUACCUUGCCAUGUUGGUGGAGCGCAUCUGGACUGUGGAGGUGGCAGCAUGCUACGCCAUAUCAACGAGGAAAGCAACCCUAGCUCCGGCCUUCCCCUCAAUCCAUGAAGGAAGGCAGCAUCCCACCGUCUCCAGCGACAACCAUGCCUUACCACCUCUCCUCAGCUCCCUUUACUUUCUCUGAUUCAAUGGUUAACUUCUAGCCAGUUGCAACUCCGAUAACUCCUCGGUCGAAUCCACUGGUUGCAUGGUUGGAUCCGUCGCCUAGGUGGCCAGAUCCAUCGCCUGAUCUGUCCUUAUGCCUCGGUCAUGGAGUUGUAAGUAGGCUCUCAGCACUAGAGAUGCAGUGACUGCGGUGGUACUGAUCUGGCGUCUUUCUUUGAGUGUUUGAAGCAUAAUAGUAGUGACAUUUUUACCAUGUUUCAUUGCAGCCCACGACUACAGAUGCAAGCAUCAAUACAAAUUCUCCUCGCCAUUUGAUGGCCAAGAUCCUGAAAUCUCUUCUGGAUGUUGGUUUGGUCGGUUGUUGGGCUUUUUCAGUUUGUGUGUUUAAGUUGCAUGCUUAGUUAUGGAUGUCUCAUAUAUUUCUCAUCUGCAGCAUAAACAAACAUUCUGGACGCAACAUGAAAGUCUCGGAUUGCUUAUUGCCAUAAUCUCUGUUUGGCAGUGAAAAAACUUAUUACUAUAUUAGUCAACCAGAUAUUUUGGUGAACUAUCUAAAUGACACCCGCUUCAUGGCAUCCGUGGUUAAAUAUUGUCCUAGGGUAAAAAAAUGGGAUUUUUCAUUUCCUUUGAAAAUUAAGACAUGUAAGAUACUUGGUUGCUCCUUUUUUGCGUAAUAUGCAUGUCUCUACGUAUAAAUAUAUGUAUUUAGAUUUUAGCUAUCACAAUCCAUAUAAUGAAGUGUGAAUAAUGGCUUGAUUUCUUUAAUUCAUUGUAGGGAUUUUAAAAUUGUGUCCUUUGUAUUUUCUGCUAUAGAAUGCAGCUGAGAGUUUGGUUUGAGUGGAUCUGAUGCAUAGUUCUGUCAGUAAAAAUUGAGUAUCUAAUUCUUGAAGGUUAAGCCUAUAGUUAUUUUGCCUUAUGUGAAGUGUAUGUGAAGUGAGUGAGAGUAGUGGUUAGAUCACAGAAAAUAAACCCCUACUUGAACUGUUAUGAUUUGACAUACAUGCUGUGAUUGAUUUGAAAUAAUAGAGUAAAGAGAGAAUUCUAAAUUUAGGACAGGACAUAUGAGAAGGUUUGAUCACUUCUAACCCCCUUUUCAUUUUUUGAAACAGACAAACAGUGAUAUCCACUUGAAGGCUUCUUACCUUACACAUUGUUGCUAAGCUAUUACACCCUCCUGUAAAAGGUUUGAUGGAGUCAUGUCCCUUUCUAGGUAUAUCUGUUUUUAUCCUAAUAAUGUUUGGAGCGACUAAAAGGAGGAAAUGAUAUUAAAAAUAGUUCUACAUUCUUCUGUUCCUACAGAAAAAACUACAAGAUUGUGAUUCCUCUAUCUAGGUUCAAUAAACUGCUAUAGAUGCCUACUAUAAUCUAAUUUAACCGUUAUCUCCAAGUACUGCCUUCCAUUACUGGAGUUCUAAGCUCUGCUGGGCAAUAAAUAAACCCCUAUUUAGAUUGGAAUAGGUGCAAUUUCCUAUUAAGAUAUCACAUGUCGCUUUGAUCCUUUAGUUCAGAGCUAAUUUUUUCUGUUAACAUUAGUAAUAAUGCCACUAUAACUUUUUGUGGGGUUUAAUUACUUUUUCAAUGUUGCUUCAUGCCCUACUACUCUGUCAUUGUCGCUAUGACAUAUGAUGCUUUUCUUAUGCAUUGAUAUGUCAACAAAUCCAUUCACCCACUUAAUUAUAUACUGUGUUUGCCUAUUGGCAAGCAGUCCCAGUCUGCCGCCCAUGAGAGGCUGAAUUGCUCCAUCAAUCAUCUCCAUUCAAGAUUAUGUCUACUCUGAAUGAUCGUACUCCACAUGACUGAGAGGCUGCAAAAAGGAUCGCUAUAUAGUGAUUUUUUAAGUGGAUCUAUGAUUUUUACCUAUAUGUACCUACUGAUUAGUUUAAUUUUUGUUUUGAUAUCCUGCUCUCUUAGGUCAUUACUCAUUAGUGAAGGAUAGUGCAAGGUCGGAUUGGUGUCUUUGCUCACUGCUCUGAGCUUCCUAUCCAGGAUUUCCGAAGGCGUGUUCUUUUGGUUAUUGCUGCGUUUCUAAAGAAAUCUGCUAUACAUACAAAUUUGGAUUCGCUUUGAUAAUAAGGGGGCUAAGGUUUAAGUUACACUUAUGAGAUUAAUUUUCUUUAUAUGUGGGUCGUAUUGGUAUGACAUAUUACUAUUUUCAUCGUAAAGAUUCAGAUCCACUUUUCAGAUAAUGUUAUUGUUUUAGUAACCAGGUAACUUCUGAUUUCUAUCAAGGGUCUAUGACCUAUCCAAAAGAAAAGGAUUAAUUUGGACUAGGCUUGAGGUAUAUAUGACAAUUCAAUCUACAUAUUUAAUUUUAUUCUGGCAUCGCAUAGCAAACACAUAGGUACGCUAAUUUGGAUGUUGUGGUACUCCCGAUCAGUUAAGACUUAAAAAUCAGGUAUGCUCCAGUCUGGUUACUGACUCAGGCUGCACAUGCUGAGUUGAGAUAAAUUAUUGAGGAGGAGCACAUGCUGUUGAGAUGGGUUAGAUAUUUUUCAAACAAUGGAGAUCUAUGUAACAUACAGUUUGGUGGAUUAUGCUUGAACUUGUGCCCUUCUAAUUUAAGAAUUUGCUUGUGUUCUCAUAUUUUGUAUCUGGUGUACUGAUAUUAGGUUCUAGGUUUUUGUUCCUUGUGGCCACAUGAACGAGUAAUCCAAUACUUUUUUUAUUUUUUCCUAGAUAUUUCAGAAGUGGCAUCACUUGGGUAAUUCUUUGAUAUUUUCCUUUGUGUUUUUUUGCAUCCUUUGCUUAAAGCAUGGGCCUUGUUGGAGUAGAUUGCAGAAAAGCUAAUUUGCACAUCUUGUAAGAUGUCACUUUUCAAGGUACACACAGAUCAUCAACCUUUGAGUGGUUUUUGUAAAAAGAUGCACCAGGAAAUUUUGAAAACGGGUCUUCUUGUGGAUAUGAUUAUGCUAACCUUAGUACGCAUGAAUUCUGCAACUACCUUUUCAAUUUGAUGUAGCAGGGCAUUGUUUUAAAUUAUAUAGACUUCGAAAGCUUUUUUACAUAUUAUAUACAUGAUUCUGUGCAACGAGCUAUCAUUUGUGGCUCUUACAUCCUGGUUAUGUAUAUUACCGUUUAUUUUCUUUAUCAUUGUCUCUUUUGAUGCUAAGCGCAAAAACUUUAGCACGAGUGGCCUGAAAAUAGAACUGCACAAUGGAUGUGGUUUUUUUAUUGUUGCCUUUACUGUCUAAAACUGUGGCUCUAUGAAUAUCCAGCAAUAUUUGUAGAUGUAUGUGCUUGGAUCUUAGUGUUACCAUCUAAUUAUCAUAGCUACACAAUUCACAAAGUCAUGUUUACCGGGAGAUAAAAAAAGUUGUUUGGAGUUUAUUAGCAUUAUUUAUUUGCGCACUAUAUAAAGAAAGCUAAUAAUAACCAUCAAGUUAUUUUGCAGUGUCCACUUUCUCAAAUUCUGCUGCUGGACUAUUGCUUUUUGUGUGUACGGGUAAAAACUAAGCGAAAUGUUUAAUGUGUUGCGGUCAUAGUCUUUAGAUGAUCCAAGACCAAGUAGAUUUCGGUGUGACAUAACUUUGUGUAAUGGUCAUUCUACUUCUCAUACGCUAAACCCACUUCAAAAAUAUUUUAUUUAACAUGGUAUAAUUUUUGUCAAAUGCAUUAUUUAUGUAAACCUUACACUGGUACUUUUGUUUUAGGCACUUGCAUUCCAUUAGGCGCUGGGUGCAGUUAUUGGAAUAUUUUCAAAUGGCAAAAAUCUAGGAAAAGCUGAGGAAAAGCUUCUUGACUUGUUUGAGGCAAAAUGUAGGUAGGAUUAUUUUCACCAAAUGAUGUAAAUGGCUCUAGAAUGUUAUUAUUUGUAUAAAAUGAGCUGACAUAAUUUCUUGACUAAUUUUUUCUUUGUUUAGUAUUACCUACCGUAGAGAUUGAGACGAUGACUCAAUAGAUUAACAGUGGUAGAA